AUGAUCCUCCUGAUCACCAUCUCGGUCUCCUGGCUCUCCUCCGGUGGUCCUCCAGUUCAUUCACUAGUUGGUUUCUCAGUGACAAUGGCUACCAACUCCCCUAAAGACAAAUAUUUGGGCGUGUGGAUGAUCUUCUUCAUGCUUGGUCUGGGAACCCUGCUGCCCUGGAAUUUCUUCAUGACUGCUACCAUGUACUUCCAGAAACGUCUAAAGGAACCUCUUUCUGCUGAGGUUUCAGUCAAUCAGAGUGAGUCGGCACCUCCGAGUGUUUUAGAGGCCAAAUUCAACAACGUUAUGACCCUCUGUGCCAUGCUGCCGCUGCUUCUCUGCACCUGUCUCAACUCCUUUCUGCACUCACUAGUGCUGCAGGGCAGUCUCUUUGGGAUGGCCGGUUUGCUUCCAGCUUCAUACACGACUCCCAUCAUGAGCGGCCAAGGCCUCGCUGGGACUUUUGCUGCCUUUGCAAUGAUCUGCGCCAUUGCAAGUGGUUCUGAGAUGGAGAGUGCAGCAUUUGGUUAUUUCAUCGUAGCCUGUGUUGUCGUUUUCCUGUCCAUCCUGUCCUAUAUCAUGUUACCAAAAUUGGAGUUCUUCCAGUUUUUUCAAGAACAAAACAGAAAACCAACUUCGGAUGAUGAGCAAAAUGCAGUUACCCUGAUGAACACGGAGCUUAAAGAUGCUACAACUGAUGAGACGGACCAGAGCAUCUCCAUGAUGAAGAUUUUUAAGAAGAUUUGGGUCCUGGCGUUGUCGGUCUGCUGCACCUUCACCGUCAGCAUCGGCAUUUUUCCUGCCAUCACCUCUGACACUAAAUCCACUCUUGCUAAUGGAGGCCCCUGGGAGCGAUACUUCAUCCCUGUCAGCUGCUUCCUGCUCUUUAAUCUGUGUGACUGGACUGGGCGGAGCCUAACAGCUGUAUGCAUGUGGCCAGGUAGAGACAGCCUGGUCCUCCCCUUCUUCAUUGUGGCUCGGGUGCUCUUCAUUCCUCUCUUUAUGCUGUGUAACGUUCAGCCUCGCCUCCAUCUGCCAGUCUACUUCCAACACGAUGGCUACUUUAUCGCCUUUAUGGUUCUAUUUGCCUUCAGUAAUGGCUACCUGGCCAGCCUCUGUAUGUGCUAUGGACCAAAGAAGGUUCUACCUCAUGAAGCGGAAACAGCUGGAGCUAUAAUGGCUUUCUUCCUGUCUCUGGGUUUGGCUUCAGGAGCUGCUGCCUCCUUCUUGUUCAGGGCACUGGUCUAACUGGGACACCUUCAUAUUAAUCUUUUUUUUAAUGUACUGGACUUUAUUUUCUACCUUAAAGCGAUUCGUCUUAACUUGUUGACUGUUAUACUGGGUAUGACCAGAUGAAGAUCUGUUGGCUGAUAUAACAAGGAUGAACAUACGGUAAUGACGUAUUUUACACCUUUUCUAAUGAUGGUGCUGUUUAUUAUGUAUUUUUUUUAAGUAUAUUUAAAUAUUUUAAACUUGGAACAUUAUAAACUGUUCCAGAAUCCAAAGAACGUCUGAUAUUUAACAUCAAGCCUACUAUAUCUUUAAAAGUAAUUUUCAUCAGUUUGAAA